AAGAGCUUCCCUUCGUGCCUCUCUCGCUAUCUCAGCCUAUCUUCUUUCUACUAUCAGCCACCCUCCAUUACCAUCCAUCCAAACCAACCAAUCGAAGGAACCCAAUUCCUCCCCCCUCAACUUACACACAAACAACUUGAACACAAACAACAACAAUAACAACAACCACAAACCACUUUCAAAAUGUUCGCCCGCAUCUCCACCGCUUCCGCUCUCACUGCCCGUCAGACCCUCGUCGCCGCUCCCGCGCGGAGGACCAUUGCCUCUACCGCCAGCCUGAAGCUCAAGGAGUCGUCUAACACCGACCCCGACCCCCAAGCCUACGAGAAGCACAAGCAGGAAUCCCUCCAGAAGCAGAAGGAGGGCAAGGGUCAAUGGAAGCCCGAGCUUGCCUCCAACAGCGAGGAGAACGUCAAGGCCGACCGCCUGUCGGACGCCGAGUUUGCCGAGGCCAGCAAGCGUGAGCUGGAGAAGCAUACCAAGAACUGAAGGGAGGCCCAGUCAAAGGGAACUGAAUUUUCUUUCGAAAGCAUGAGAAGGAGUAUGAUGAGCUCAUGAGGUUUUCUUUUUUCGGGUUAAUUUCUUAAUUUUUUUCUUUUUGUCCUUUGUUAGUUGCGAAGCAACUCUUGCAUUUUCAGCCAUCAAUGGGAGGAUGAUGAGAGGAUAACACUACAAUUGCAUUACGGUAGUGUUUGGGAUGAGGAUCAUUCAGGGAGAUAGACACUGGCCAUCUUUGCAUGCGUGGAUAUGAUGGUUCAUGUGUUAUCAAAUUGAAGAGGAUUUGAAAC